CAUUCUUCCUUUCACAAUCCUGGUGAUGCCAUCUCACACUUCAAUCGCAUGCUUCAAAUGCCUUCUACCCCACCCAUCUUCGAAUUCAACAAGGUUUUAACUUCACUUGUUAAGACGAAGCAUUACUCCACCGCCAUUUCACUUUCUCACCAAAUGGAGUUCACUGGAAUUAUGCCAGACAUUGUUACUCUCAACAUCCUCAUCAAUUGCUACUGCUACCUAGGUCAAAUUACUUCAGCCUUUUCUGUACUGGCCAACAUUCUCAAGAGAGGUUAUCAGCCUGAUACCAUCACUUUGAAUACUCUCAUCAAAGGUCUCUGUCUUCAUGGCAAGGUCCCCAAAGCACUGCAAUUUCAUGAUGACGUGCUGGCAAAGGGAUUUCUGUUGAAUCAAGUCAGUUACGCGACCUUGAUCAAUGGGCUAUGUAAAAUUAGGGAAACAAGAGCUGCUUUGGAGUUGCUUAGGCGGAUUGAAGGGCGAGGGAUUAAACCUGAUGUGGUAAUGUACAACACCAUCAUCGAUAGCCUGUGUAAAGAUAAACUUGUAAGUGAUGCUUGCAAUUUAUAUUCCGAAAUGCUUGCAAAGAGAAUCGACUCAGAUGUUUAUACUUAUAAUACAUUGGUCGAUGCUCUAUGUAAGGAAGGGAAGGUGAAAGAAGCUAAAAAUGUGUUAGCUGUGAUGUUGAAACAAGGUGUGAAACCUGAUGUUGUUACUUAUAAUUCCUUGAUGGAUGGGUAUUGCCUGGUUAAUGAAGUGAAUAAAGCCCAAGAUGUAUUCAAUGCUAUGGCUCGGAGGGGAGUGACUCCUAAUGUUCAGAGCUACUCUAUUAUGAUUAAUGGAUUAUGUAAGAUUAAAAUGGUGGAUGAAGCCUUGAAUCUCCUUGCAGAAAUGGAUUACAAAAAGGUUGUUCCUGAUACAGUUACCUACAGUUCUCUUAUUGAUGGUUUAUGCAAAUCAGGGAGAAUCUCUCAUGCUUGGGAGCUCCUUGAUGAGAUGCAUGCUAGAGGUACACCACCUGAUGUAAUCACUUACAAUUCUUUCUUGGAUGCUUUAUGCAAAAGCCACCAUGUUGAUAAGGGAAUUGCUUUAAUCAAUAAAAUUAUAGACAAGGGUAUUCAGCCAGAUAUGUGCACAUACACUAUACUUCUGGAUGGACUAUGCAAAGCUGGAAGACUUAGGAAUGCGCAAGAGAUUUUUCAGGUUCUUGUGACUAAAGGCUAUCAUAUAAAUGUCCAUACUUAUACUGUUAUGAUCAAUGGGCUUUGUAAAGAAGGCUUGUUUGAUGAAGCGUUGGCCUUACUGUCAAAAAUGGAAAAUGAGGGAUGUAUUCCAAAUGCUAUAACUUUUGAAACAAUUAUUCAUUCACUCUUUGAAAAAGGUGAGAAUGACAAGGCUGAGAAACUUCUUCGUGAAAUCAUUGCUAGAGGUCUACUGGAAAAAAUUUAG